AGUUUUUAUACUCUUGUAAUUUCUACAUACCAAGUUCACCAGCCGAGGGCAUAGUUCCUCCGUGUUUUUAACGGUUGAUCUGUUAACUUUGGGAUUGCCUUUUUGUGUGGAUCCGACGAUCAGAGAGCGAGAGGGAGAGAAGGGUAGGCGCGAGAGGGGAGCGUGUGAGUCAGAGAGAGACGGAGGUGAAACGAAAAGCCUCCAUGUUUCAGCUGCCUAUCUUGAAUUUUAGCCCCCAGCAGGUUGCGGGGGUUUGCGAGACUCUGGAAGAGAGCGGGGACAUUGAGCGCCUCGGUCGCUUCCUCUGGUCUCUGCCCGUCGCCCCAGCAGCCUGCGAGGUCCUCAACAAGAAUGAGUCGGUGCUUAGGGCGCGGGCCAUCGUGGCCUACCACACCGGGAAUUUCCGAGAACUCUACCACAUUCUGGAGAACCACAAGUUCACCAAAGAGUCUCACACUAAACUACAGGCCCUGUGGCUCGAGGCGCACUACCAGGAGGCAGAGAAGCUGCGAGGCCGCCCGCUAGGGCCAGUGGACAAAUACAGGGUACGGAAGAAGUUCCCUCUACCCAGAACGAUAUGGGACGGAGAGCAAAAGACCCACUGCUUCAAGGAGAGAACCCGACAUUUGUUACGAGAAUGGUACUUGCAGGAUCCUUACCCGAACCCGAGCAAAAAGAGGGAGCUCGCGCAGGCUACUGGACUUACUCCCACACAAGUGGGAAACUGGUUCAAAAAUCGUAGACAAAGGGAUAGAGCGGCGGCUGCGAAAAAUAGGCUACAACAGCAAGGGAUGUCCCAAGGCUCGGUUCGGUCUUUGGCAGAUGAUGAUGGAACCGUCGAUCGACUCGGACCCGCCUCUAGUCCCGAGGCUAGUUUGUCAAGCAAAGCCGCCACCUCCGCUAUCUCGAUCACUUCCAGCGACAGCGAAUGUGACAUCUAAUGGCGCACGAGGCAGUCCAGAGGAGGGAGAGGAUACAUUCACAGGAGAUAAAUAAAGGAAAUCCUAAAAGACAAUCUAACAAAAAAACAGUCAGUGCCUGCGUUUGAAUUUAAAGAAACUGGUCUUCUUUGAUGGCUGCCAAAACAUGAGGGAUCUGACGGAAUGCCCUGUCUUAAAGCUAUACUUUCUUUUUGUUGUCGUUUUUCCGCUAUGGAUGGCUGAAGCUAAUACAAGCGGACAGAAAAUGUAAAGAAAAAUCAUAUUCAUAUUCACAAUCCCUUUUUAGGGAGGACUAAUAAACCAAUGCCUCAAGAUACAACUAAAAAUGAAGAAAAAAAAUACAUUUGAGCGCCUAACCUGCUAUUUUCUGUGGGUAUUUCAUGUUGAAAAGACGCUGUAAUAUUUUUACUUUACUUUUAAAGUUUUAUAAAUAAUGUUUAUUUACCUAUUUAAAUGACUGCCUCUGUUAGAAUGUGAUAUUAUUUUGCUUGGUGUUUUUAAUAUUUACCUUGUGCACAGGUGAACCCGUUGAGCAUGUGCGCUUUAGUAAACAUGUGUUUCAGUAAAAACGUUUUUUUUUUUAAGAAGUAAAGAUAACUUAAUAAAAUAAUUGUUUAUGAAAAGAACAAAA